UUCUGUCGCAGCGUAGUCUUCCUGUCUGAGUUGAGCAGCCUGUGUUACCCGAAUUAACCCGAAUUAUAAAUUGAGGUAGUUGAAAAGAGGUAGUGUUCGCCUCAAAAAGGUUACUGCCCACUCCUAAAAACAACAGUCUUUAUUGACACUAGCCCACCGAGAGGGAUUGCCAAGUCCCGCGAUGAGCAGUUCUGAAGAAGUUUCGUGGAUCUCCUGGUUCUGUGGACUCAGAGGAAACGAAUUCUUUUGUGAGGUGGAUGAGGACUAUAUCCAGGACAAGUUUAACCUCACAGGACUCAAUGAACAGGUGCCACACUACCGACAGGCCUUGGACAUGAUCUUGGACCUGGAGCCAGAUGAGGAGCUGGAGGAUAACCCUAAUCAGAGUGACCUGAUAGAGCAGGCGGCGGAGAUGCUGUAUGGUCUGAUCCACGCCCGCUACAUCCUCACCAACCGCGGGAUCGCACAGAUGUUGGAGAAGUACCAGCAAGGAGAUUUUGGCUACUGUCCUAGAGUUUACUGUGAGAACCAGCCCAUGUUACCUAUUGGGUUGUCGGACAUCCCGGGAGAGGCCAUGGUGAAGCUCUACUGCCCGAAGUGCAUGGACGUGUACACCCCCAAAUCCUCCCGGCACCACCACACGGACGGGGCCUAUUUCGGGACGGGGUUCCCCCACAUGCUGUUCAUGGUGCACCCCGAGUACCGGCCCAAGAGGCCCGCCAACCAGUUUGUGCCCAGGCUAUACGGGUUUAAGAUCCAUCCCAUGGCCUAUCAGCUUCAGCUGCAGGCAGCUUCCAGCUUCAAGAGCCCCGUCAAAGCCAUCCGCUGAAGCUCGGGGGGGUGGGGUGGGGG